AGAGAAGAGAAACUUCUGACAGGGAGUGGCAGAGCCAGGAGUGAAGGUAUAACUUGUGUUAGUAACGUCGACAGAGGGGAUGGCUGUUGGGGUGUUCUCAUCUGUCACAUUGUAGAUGAGGACAGAGUACCAGAUAUCAGGAUCAACACCAGUCACAUCCAGAGAGAAUGGAGCACUCCACGAGAUGGUCACUGAACUGGCAUUGCUAGUGGCUCUCAGACCACCUACUGCUGACACUAAUACCUUGAAUGGUCAAUGUGGCAUUGUCACUCUCCACAAAGGAGACACCAAAUAACCCUGACAGACACUGAACUUUAGUUCCAUUGUACUGGGCUCUGGCUGGAAUGGUCAG